AUGGUUACGAGGAAAACACCGUCGAGCGGCGCCUUAUCCUGCCUGGGUGGCGAGUCUUCGCUCGACCCCACGGGCAACAGUAUCUGCGGCGGUUCCCUCAUUUCUCCGACGCACGUGCUGAGUGCGUCGCACUGCUCGGUCUACGACAUUCGUUGGGUCUCCAUCGGCUCGCACUACAGAAAUGGAACGCAAGACGGCGAGCAGAUCCGAGUGGUGUCGCUCAUGAACCACCCGAGCUACUCGAUGGAGGUAAAGGAAUCGCACGACUUCAUGGUACUCGAGCUCGAGAGACCCAGCAAGUUUACGCCCGUGAAAUUGGCAGCGGCGGACAACUCUGACUUCAAGGCGGGCAAGUGGGCUACUACCAUGGGAUGGGGUACAGACGCAGAGAGAGUUGAUAUUCAACUGAUGAGCGACGAAGAAUGCGCCACGAAUGCUGCCAUUGACUCAACUAUGGUCUGCGCUGGAGGCGUUCAGAACAAGGACUCGUGUUUUGGUGACUCGGGUGGCCCGCUUAUCGUUCAAGGGGCGGGUGAAGGAAGUACCGAUGACUUACUGAUCGGCGUGGUGAGUUGGAGCAAGGAUGACACGUGCGGGCGAGAAGGUUACCCCGGUAUUUACUCUCGAGUGUCAAGUGUUAGAGCGUGGAUCGACUCCAUUACUGGUGGAAACGGCACGUGCCUCGGUUAG